AUGGCUGAUUCGGAUGAGGAAUACGUCGGAGAAGUCACAGAAGAUGAGGAUGAUCUCCAGGUAACUCGGAGGAAUCAGCCCGGCACCAGGAAGAGAAAACAACGUGGAGCUGCGGAAUGGGAACUUUCCAGGACCUGGGAGACCUUGGUCGAAGGUGCUGAUGGUACCAUCAGUUCAGCGGUAGAAGGACUACUGGAAGCUAGCAAGCGAAAAAGGCUUCUGAAAGAUACCACUCCUCUCCAACGAGGCAUCAUCCGUCAUCUGAUCCUCAUUAUUGAUCUUUCACAACCCAUGUCCGAGAAAGAUCUGCGCCCGAGCCGAUACCUCUUGACCAUUCGAUAUGCGCAGGAAUUUGUACGGGAAUUCUUUGAACAGAAUCCCAUCUCUCAGUUAGGCAUCCUGGGCCUACGAGAUGGGUUGUCUAUUCAGGUCAGCGAGAUGAGUGGAAACCCUACGGAUCAUAUGACAGCGAUCCAGUCGCUUAAGCUGGAUGAUCCGAAAGGACUUCCAAGUCUUCAAAAUGGUCUGGAUAUGGCCCGAGGUGCUUUAUCUCACACACCCAGUCAUGGUACGAAAGAGGUCCUAGUUAUCUUUGGAUCCCUUCUAUCAUCCGAUCCAGGUGAUAUCUACCAGACUAUUAAUACAUUAGUCGAGGACAAAGUACGAGUCCGCAUUGUUGGUCUCGCCGCACAAGUUGCAAUUUGUCGAGAGCUAUGCUCAAAAACGAAUGGAGGAGAUGAGACUGCGUAUGGUGUGGUACUGAAUGAGCAGCAUUUCCGGGAAUUGAUGAUGGACGUGACCACACCUCCAGCCGCAUAUUCUCAAAAACAAGCAGUCAGUUCCAUGUUAAUGAUGGGUUUCCCAUCCAGGACUAUGGAUUCGAAAUCCUCUAUCUGUAAAUGUCACUCAAAGCCGGCUCGAGGCGGAUAUUCCUGCUCUCGUUGUGGUCACAGAGUGUGCAGUCUGCCGUCAGAGUGCCCAGCAUGUGGGCUUACUUUGAUUCUAUCAACACAUCUGGCCCGUUCAUACCACCACUUAUUCCCUCUGAUGAAUUGGGUUGAGGUGCCAUGGCAGCGAGCAAAGAAAUCUACUGCAUGUUUUGCUUGUGGUCUUGCUUUCCCCGCGGUGCCCGAGAAUCACUCGCAGAGCUCUGAACCCCAUACCAGGGGGAUGAGUGUGAGCAGUCGCUAUGAAUGCACAUCAUGUCAUAAUCAUUUUUGCAUUGAUUGCGACCUCUUUGCGCAUGAGGUAGUACAUAACUGCCCAGGAUGCCAAAGUCGAAAUAAUCAGGCCUUGGGUACAAACACCGUACAACCUGAUGGCAUGGACAUGACUGCCUAA